UAAAUCUGGUGAUCUUGGUACUAGGAUUGAAGCUCAAGGAUAUUCAUGGUCUGGCUGUGCCGAGAAUGUUGCUGAGGGAUAUAAAAAUGAAGAGGCAGUUGUAAGAGGAUGGAUGAGUUCUCACGGUCACAAAACAAACAUGCUCAAUCCAAAAUAUACUCAUUUUGGAGCAGGGCAUAUAAAUGGUUUUUGGGCUCAGGUUUUUGGAAGUGAAUUAUAG